AAACAUAUUGAUUAUGUUUUGUAGGUGAAUUUCAUUAAAUAAUUUACAGUGUUACAAAUAUAAUUAUACUCAACAUUGCAGUACCUAUUUACAACAAAAGUGAUAAUUCGUACUAAGUUUGUUCUAGAAACUAUUUCAUACCAUUCUAUAAAAAUGUCACAAACUGUCCCGUUAAUAUUACAAGAUGAUUGUGAACAAGGAGGAAAGAAUUUUGACGAAUCCAUCGAAGACGAUUUUUCAUAUCGUAAUAAUGUUCUUCAAGCAAGUAAAAAUAUUCGACUUGCUUUUAUCAGAAAAGUAUAUGGGAUUCUAAGCGUACAACUUUUAUUAACAGUGAUUAUUGCAGCAGUGUGUAUGUUUACACCUCAAAUUACUGGAUUUGUCCAAAAAAAUGACUGGAUGUUAAUGUUAUCACUUUUUGGCAGUAUGGGUAUACUUAUAGCAUUGUUCAUUAAACGUAAAGAUACACCUGCAAACUUUAUUUUACUCACUGCUUUUACAGUAAUGCAAGCAUAUACAGUUGGUGUUAUUGUCUCUUUUUACCCCAAAAUUGUUGUUCUACAAGCAUUAUUACUGACGUUUAUUGUUCUUGGUGCAUUAACAGUGUAUACAUUCCAAUCCAAGCGUGAUUUUUCAUGUCUGCAUUCAUGCCUUUUUGCUGGUCUUUGUAUUCUUAUUCUUGGUGGAUUUCUUCAAAUAUUUUUUCACUCGAGUUUAAUGGAAUUUAUAAUUGGUAUUGGUGGUGCCGCCCUAUUUUGUUUAUUUAUUAUUUAUGACACUCAGCUAUUGAUGCAGGUAUUAUCACCUGAAGAAUAUAUUUUAGCAACUAUUAAUUUAUACAUGGAUAUAAUUAAUUUGUUUUUAUAUAUUCUUCGUAUUUUACAAGAAUUGAAUCGUCAAUAAAUACUAUCAGUAUAAAAAUUGAUUUAAUAUUUUAUUGAAAUCAUUACUAAUUGUGAUGAAAUAAUUAGAAAAAAAAUUAAAUGCGUUUAUGGAUUGUAUUAUUUGAUGUACAUACUGUAUUGUUAAUGUAUAGAUUAGUGUUGUAACUACAAAUAGAACUGUUUUAUUUAAUAAACGUAUUCACGUCGAA